AUGUUAUCAUUCAUAUCUAAAUAUCCAUUUUCUACACAACUGAAAGACAUAAAUUCUAUGUUAAGCAGAUUAUCCUUAUCUAUUAAAGAAUUAAAUUACGUCAAUCGUAACAUAGAUAAAACUAUCAAAUCGCUAGAAUAUAAUCAAAUAUUACAAAGACUCCCACAAUCACAUUCUCAACUUGAUAAUUAUGGUUUAUAUUUUAUAUUAUCUAUUUUAGGGCUUUAAUGUGGUCUAGAUUCAUUUUCUCAUAUCUUUGAUCAUUUAGGUUUUGAUUCUAAAUUAGAACCUGUUCGAUAAUUCUUAAUUAAUUAAGCUAACAAUUUAUUACUACAUCCUAUUAAUGUCUUAUGUGAUACAUAUUAUAAUUUAACUCUAUUAAGAAGUGAUACUUUAAAAUUUUAAGAUCAAAUUUUAACACAUAUUAAAAUCAACUAAACUCUUCCAGGAGAAUAAUAUGUAAGAUUACUUAGAGCUUUGACAAAAAAAUUUUAACUCACAAAUGAUGAUCAUUAACUGAUUUAAGUCCUAAAUUAAAUAACUAUAAAGUAAUCUUAAGUCUAAAUUUUACUUAAAUCUUUUAGGUUAUUAGUAGAACAAAAUUUUAUUUAGAUAUUUUGCUGAACUUCAUACCCUGCAUUAAAAACCAUUGUAUGCAUUUCCUGACCUUUUUGAUUAUGUUAUUACUUAAAAAAAGAAAUCUCCAUCUCAUUGUUAUGCCGAUAUCUUUUAAGCUUAUUACCAUCUAGGAUCCACUUUUGAUUAAUCUUUCUUAAAUAGAACCAUAAAAGAAUUUGAAUAAUCUAUUUAAAUCUAUAAAAAUGGUAUGACUUAAUUAGCAAGUAAUAAAAUUUAAUUAUUUCUUCAGUGCAAUAAUAUAUUACAAUCUUAAGAAUUGGAAAUAAAUUAGAAAAAAAUAACAUAGCCAAAUUCGAUUGGGAUUUACAUUUAAAUAUCUUUAAAGAAUUAUUUUCCUCACAUGAUUUUAAAUAAAAAAAUACAAUAACAUCAUUCUGUGCUCUUUUUAUUGAUAAAAUUUCUCAUUUGGAUCAAGUUGAAAAAGACAAAAUUUAUGAAAUGAUUAGAGCAUUCAAUCUUUAAUCACCAGGGGUUUGGGACUUUAUGUACUAAAAUCGAUAAAAUUUUACCGAAUAAUAAAAUUAAAUAAUACUUGAAGAUGUAACAGAAUUUCUUAUUUUGAGUUUAUUAAAUAUGGGUAUGGAUAAUCGAAUGAGUAAAAAUAAUUAAGAGAUUAAAAUUAUCCUGAAAAUUACGUUUUAUACAAUAAGUAUGCUAGACUAUACAAUAUUCCUGAGAGAAAAUAAUAACAAUUUUUAUUAGGUGGUUUAGCAUUAUCAUUAUAUGAAUAUACUACAGAUGAAAUCUAAACAAUGAUGUUUCUAAAAAAACUUCCAAUUAAAAAUUAAUUUUGGAGUUCCCAAUUUAAAAUUUUAUUAACAAGUAUUAAUGGAAUUUAAACUUUGAAUUUUUGGAAAUAAUAGACCAUUAUAAUUAGUAGAAGAGUUAAAGAAGACUAUCAAUUUGAAAUAUAGAGACAUUUAAAUGGAGAUUUUUACUUGUUUCCAAAAGUGUUCAAUUAAUAUUAGUGUGAAUUCUUAAUUUGGUCAUUUCAACAUUUUUAAAUAGCACCUGUAUUAGUGGCACCUAUAUUUUAUAGAACACUAGGAAAAUAUGAAAAGUAUGUAUUUUAUAAAAGUUUAGCAUGAUAGAUGAAUUGGUGAACUUAAUUGAUAUAAAUAAAAUUGAUUUUAAUGAAGCUGGAUAUAUUUGGGAAUAAAUGAAUUAUCCAGCUAAUUAAAAGUUUUUAUUUUAUUUAAGAGGAGCAGUUACAGAGAAAUCAUGUUUGAGAAUUAUAAAUAAAUUAAAGGAGUUCUGA